CUUGUGACUGCCUCUACGCCUUGCUUAUACAAUCCCCAGGUGGAGGCUCUGCUCCAUUUGGCCCGCCAGAAUCGGGCUGUGGCCCGCACUGCCCAGAAUGAGAGAUCAUCACGCAGUCACAGUGUGUUCCAGCUGCAGAUUUCUGGAGAGCAUGCUGCUCGGGGCCUGCAGUGUGGCGCUCCCCUCAAUCUUAUAGACCUGGCUGGGAGUGAGCGGCUAGACCCUGGCUUAGCCCUAGGCCCUGGGGAGCGUGACCGUCUUCGGGAAACACAGGCUAUCAACAGCAGUCUGUCUACACUGGGACUGGUCAUAAUGGCUCUGAGCAAUAAGGAGUCUCACGUACCUUAUCGAAACAGCAAGCUUACCUACCUGCUGCAGAACUCGCUGGGUGGCAGUGCCAAGAUGCUCAUGUUUGUGAACAUUUCCCCUUUGGAAGAGAAUGUCUCCGAGUCUCUCAAUUCACUGCGCUUUGCCUCCAAGGUACUAUUGCUACCCUGCUGUCUUAGUUUUUUGGGGGCUUACAGUUUUAGAGGGUUCAAAUUCAUGGUCUUUAUGGCAAUGGCACAGCAGAAGGCAGGUUGCAGUACGUGCAGCAGGUGAAUGGGGUUGGAGACAGAGAACAGAGACUGGGACUGGAAUCUCAGACUCCCACCCCUACUAUACUCCUAAUCCUCCCCAAACAGGUCCACCAACUGGGACCAAGGAUUCAAAUGUAUGAGCCUAUGGGGGCCUUCUCGUUUAAAGCACCACACCUGCCCAUAUGUCAGCUGGCUGUUUAGAGGCAUCUCCAUCAUGACUCCUGUUUUCUAGGCUGGGGCACAUCUAUCCAAACAGAAUUAAAACUUGAUAGGCAUCUUGGGUACUGCACACUGAUUCCAUUUUUAACUGCUGCCUUCUGAAUUAAUAUUUUUAGAAGAAAUGACCACACAGCCUAUGUAGAUGUGUCUGUGCUCUGACUCCUUCCCUGUGUAGAUGUGUCUGUCCGUGCUCUGACUCCUUCCCUGUGUAGAUGUGUCUGUCCGU